AAGAACGGGACAACCAUGAGUAACGCGUGGCCUCAUCCUAGGAGGGGCAGAGGGCACAGGCAUAAGGAUCAGGACAGAGCGAACAGGGAACAGGCCGUUGAGCAGAAGGUCAAAGACCCAGUGCCCCAUGGCAUCUGUAUGACUAUGUGCCCUGCCAAUGAAUUACGCCAGCGAAAGGCACAAAACAGACUGCACAAAUUUGAGAUGGUGCCUGGCACAGAACGGGAUCGCUUGCCUCGUGCCGAUGUCUUGUGUGCUGUCAAAGAAUACUCGCGACCCGCUGCGGGAAAAGACUCCACGCGACCCAGUGACCUUCGACCUUCAUCUGCGCUUUUAAAGACUGUGUGUUACUUAGUAGAUGACAUUGCAGCUUCUAAAACAUUUCAGCCGUGGACUGAGGUGUAUAGUUUUGUUUUUGACCGUCUGCGUAGCGUACGGCAAGACAUGAUUAUCCAGCGUCUGUCUGGGCCGGAAUGUGUGACUAUGCUAGAGAAAAGUGUGCGCUUCCUCCUCUACGCAUCUUACAGGCUCUGUGGACAGCCACUUCAGUACUUUGACCCGCGUAUCAAUGACACUCACCUGCAGGAAACUUUAAGCUGGCUGCUAGAGUGCUACAGAGAAGGAAAGCACCAGCAUCAGGAGGCGUUCCAGGCCUUGAGUCUGCUCUAUAACCUGGGGUCAUUUCACACCAUGCAACAUGCACUUCAGCUGCCUGAGCGAAUACGCCACUCUCCAGCGGUUCAGCUGGCUCUGGCUGUGAGCAGGGCUCAUACGGAGGGCAACCCAGUUCGGUUUCUCCGCCUGGCCCAGAGACUGGAUUUCAUGCAGGUCUGUGCCCUCCACAGACACCUCUUGUCCUGCAGGAGAGAUCUGCUCCUGCUGUACAGCCACGGCUACAACAGCCACAACUGUCGCUACCCUCUCCAGAGACUGUCACGCCUCCUGUUUCUCAAAGAGCCGCUGGCUGCUGAACUUUGCCAGGUGCACGGUGUUAACAUCAGCAGAGAAUGGGUCAUCUUCUCCAAAAACUCUUUCACUGAAAGUCCAUCUGGGGAUCUGCAGUGCAGGCAUAUGCAUGAGCCGGUAGAUGACGAGAAGUGGAACUGUAAUUCUGAUGGCAUUAUUCAUAGCUGUGACUGAAACCUUUAUUUGUAGAAGGGAUUGGUCAGCACAGCAGUAUUUUAUUUGUGGGGGGAAAUCAUGUUUUAGAGCCUUUCCUAGUUUCUAAUAAAGAACAAGACGUUUCAAUAAAGUUUUUGUGUAAUU